AAAGAAAUUAACCUUCAUUAUUAAGGGUGUUAGCUCUGUUUUUAAAGAAGCAGGAAAACAAGAGUGUUGAAAUGUUACAAUCUUUUGCUUUUCAUAAAAGGAAAAUAACUUCAAUCAAGGUAGUCUUCCUAGGAAGAACAUAGAAAAUGCAAAAAAGCAGAAAUUUCUUAUGGCUUUGUCAGUGUAAGGAGUGGAUGGUGAAGAUUUAGGAGUGUUGUAGCAUUCCUCAGCCUUCAGUCUGCAGCUUUUUGAUUUUAAGUUGACCUGUGGCCUGUUUUGGCAUUUAUGUUGUGUGGAUAAAAGUCAGCAAAUUAUUUUGUGGACUGAAAUAGAAAGCAGGAUUACUGAAGCAGCUAAUAGAAGGCAGUAGAUACUGGAGUCUCAAAGAUGUAAGCGGUUGCCGUGUGGUGAAGGUGGGGUGAUAGUUGUUGGAACACAGGGGCUUGCUGAAGAAGCGCAAGAGGAGAAUCCUUUUGUCUCUGGUGCUUAACUUGUGUUUGAACCAGUUGUUAAUGGCAUUUGCAGAAGAUGGAGCAACUCAGGGGAGGCUUAAGUUGUCUGCUGUGUAAAGGAGGCAGAACAAGUAGAUAAGCGCUAAGUUUUGGGUAUUCUUGAAGGGGGAAGGGUUACAGUUGGCAAGAUUUGACUAUAAUUUUCACUUUUGAUUUGUAUUAGAGAUUUAUAAACUGUAAGGAUGCUAUAUUUGAUCUUAUUAUGUUGUGACCCCAACUAUGCAGAAUCAGUUAGUGCUAUUUUAAAAAUCUCAUCUAUAUUUAAUAAAGACUUAUAAAUUCUGUUCUUAAUGAGGAGGAGAAUGCUUUGCCCAAGACACACGAGCAGCUUUUUUGAUUAGAAAAAAUGAGGAAAGGUUAUGAAGUAUGCAUGCUACACUUCUACUUCUUUUACUCGUUAUGAUCUCAUAUUACUUGUCAUCAACGUUUCUUUGUCAACUACAGAAAUUAGUUCUACAUAAUCUAAUACAUUAACAACCAUAGGUUUGUUAGAAAUUAAAGCAUUUUGUCAAUUCCAGAAGUCUGCUGUUACAAAGGUCUAGUUCAAGAAUGAUUUUUAGAAUUAAGGUUAAAACUCUUCAACUACUAGUUUUUAUGAAAUUGCUAUUUACAGUAGUAUUGUAUGAUGGUUUUGGAGUAUUAUGUACGCACUAAUGUUUGGUUUUGUUACAGGAGGGAGACUGUUAUUCACACUGGAUUGCUCUGGUUUAUUCAUAUCCUGUGACAGUGAAUCAGAUACUGCUGUCUAUAUACAGACUGAAUUGCCAGCCAACUCUGGGCCCAAAUAUGGAAAUGACCUAGAGGCCUUACAAAUAUAUUUGUGCAUUUUUGUUCUGAGUCUACAAUUGAGGGCAAAUGCAGUCUGGAAGCACCACUUCUUAAUGUUACAACGGAAACAACUACCUCAACAAACAAGAAAAGGGGAAGAAGGCUUACAAUAAUAAACACUCUAAUUUUUAAUAGCAUAUAUUUGCAAAGUCUUCUGCAAACAGAGUCCAGAUUUUUUUUUUCCCCUCCAGUAUUAAGAAGAGACACUACAAAUAAACUCAUUUGGCAGACUGGAUCUGUCAAGACAUUUGAAGAUAUUUGAUCUGCUGACAUAAGGAUUUGCUUUUUCAAGGAAGGAGCCUCUGCACUGCUUUUCUAAUCGCUGUUGAUCAGUGGUUUGCUCCACUUUUCCUGCUAUUACUAAUGGGAAAAUUGUAUUAAGGUAUUGCUUCUAAAACUAUUAUUUGCAUCGACAAAAGUAAGUUUUGUAGACUUAAUAGCAAGUGACAAUAAUAUGCUCAUGAAGAAAUCAUAGGCGAUUAACUUCUCUGCUCCAGUGUUGCUUUUCUGUGUGCAGAGUGGAAUACCAAACAAGAGACCAGAGCAUUAUUAAGAUACUUCAGCUUGCUUUUUGAGUACAGUUUAUAACUGCAGCAGGGCUGCACUGAACACUGAAAAUACGGUCAGCAAAUCCGCUGCCUUUCUCACUGCUGAUACAGAUUAUACGGACGGACGCUUGCCUUUUUGAAAUGCCUUUUGUGAAACUUAUGUACAUGGUCCUCCACUGUUACUGUACAUAACUAUAUAUUUGAAGAAGGAAUUGGACAAGUGAUUGUUAAUUCAAGAAGUCUUUGGACAAGCACUCACUUAUGUAUUGCUGUAGUGCACAAGAAAGCAAAAUGGACUAUAAGCGGCGCUUUUUGCUUGGCGGGUCCAAGCAAAAAGUGCAGCAACACCAGCAGUAUCAAAUGCCUGAGCUAGGCAGGACCCUGAGCGCACCGCUGGCAUCUACAACCCCAGCAUCCCCUUUGGUCUCCUCAGCUGCUGCGGGCAGCUGCAACCACCCUGUGUCCCACACUACUCCAAUCGCAGACAUCCAGCAGGGAAUCUCCAAAUAUCUGGAUGCACUCAAUGUGUUUUGCCGUACAAGCACUUUCCUUACAGACCUUUUCAGCAGUGUAUUUAGGAACUCGCACUAUUCUAAGGCAGCUAUGCAACUGAAAGACGUGCAGGAACAUGUCAUGGAAGCAGCGAGUCGACUCACAGCAGCAAUAAAACCAGAAAUAGCAAAAAUGCUGAUGGAACUGAGUGCAGGAGCUGCGAACUUCAAAGAUCAGAAAGAGUUCAGUCUACAAGACAUAGAGGUACUUGGGCGAUGUUUCUUGACGGUGAUGCAGGUCCACUUUCAGUUCCUGUCACAAGCUUUGCAAAAGGUGCAGCCAGUGGCACACUCUUGCUUUGCUGAAGCUGUAGCUCAGGAGAGAAAGAAUGUUAGUGGAGCUGGAGCCUCAAAUUUAAGCCCUACAAAUGAGCUAGAAGAUGCAAUAAGAUCAUGGAGAGGAGCAGCAGAGGCCACAUCUCGACUGCGAGAAAGAGGCUGUGAUGGAUGCUUGGCAGGAAUUGAAGUUCAGCAACUUUUCUGCUCACAGAGUGUGGCAAUCCCUGAACAUCAGCUCAAAGAGCUAAACAUGAAAAUUGACAGUGCUUUGCAGGCUUACAAAGUUGCUUUGGAGAGUUUAGGCCAUUGUGAAUAUGCAAUGAAGGCUGGCUUCCACUUGAACCCAAAAGCUAUUGAAGCAAGUCUGCAGGGCUGUUGCAGUGAAGCUGAAGCUCAGCAAACAGGAAGGAGACAGACUCCACCUCAGCCAAUUCAGUGUGAAUUGCCCACUGUACCUGUUCAGAUAGGAUCGCAUUUUCUGAAAGGAAUAUCCUUUAAUGAGUCUGCAGCAGAAAACCUGAAGCUGAAAACGCACACAAUGCUGCAGUUGAUUAAGGAAGCUGGAUGCCAUAAUGGACUUACACCACGGGAUGACUCUCCUGUUACUGAAGUACUAAAUCAAGUUUGCCCUUCCACUUGGCGAGGAGCCUGCAAAACUGCUGUACAAUUGUUAUUUGGCCAAGCUGGACUGGUGGUUGUGGACACAGCACAGAUUGAAAAUAAAGAAGCUUAUGCUCCUCAGAUAAGUUUAGAAGGAUCCAGAAUUGUGGUGCAAGUUCCGUCAACUUGGUGUCUGAAAGAAGAUCCAGCAACAAUGUCUUUGCUACAGAGGAGUCUGGAUCCAGAGAAGACUUUGGGACUAGUAGAUGUGCUCUAUACUGCUGUGUUUGACAUACACAGGUGGAAAGAAGGAAGGGAGCAAGCUUUGCCUUGUAUUCAGAUCCAGUUACAGCGUGAAAUCUCAGACUUUGGGAAUCAAGUUGACAUGCCAUCCGGAAAUGGAAGCAAAUCUUCAGGUGGUCUACAAAAGACGUUCUCAAAACUGACUUCACGGUUUACAAAAAAAACUUCCUGCACCAGUACAAGUAAUACUGGAAGUUAUUCAAUCCCCAGUACACCUUCCAAAAAUGUCUUCAUAAGUUCCAAUUCAGAGGAGAAAGCUAAAAUGCCCACUAACAUAGAUGCACGGUUACAAAGCAUUUUGAACAUUGGUAAUUUUCCUAGGACUGCAGAUCCCCUGCAGUCAAUUCAGAGCACAAAUAAUCAGCUAGUGAACGGGUUUCUAGUCGAAAGACGGGACAACUUCUUCAAACCGGAUGAUGGCAAAGAUGACAAAGGUAUGAAUUUACCAACUGACCAAGAAAUGCAGGAUGUUAUAGAUUUCUUGUCUGGUUUUAACAUGGGUAAAUCCCAGCAGACUUCUCCGAUGGUGAAAAGAAGGAACUCUGUUGCGUCCUCUACAGCAACAGAACAAAAAUCAGGAACAGUACAACAGCAACCGCAGUCUGUCUCUCUCACACCACUGCAUCCUUCUCAGCAAGGCUUGUCGCAGCAACAACAGUCACAAAAGCAGCAGCAGCAGCAGCAAAUGCAGUAUUACCAACACUUGCUUCAACCUAUUGGACCACAGCAACGUGUACCUGCCAAAUGGCUGACUAAUUCUUCACAGCAGCCAGCCCAAGCUGUUGGAGCUGGAUUGUCUCAUAUAAACCAGUGGAAUAAUCCUGGUUUUUCAGAUUUAAGCUCUGAUCUGUACAGCCUGGGUCUUGUGAGCAGCUAUAUGGACAAUAUGAUGUCAGAGAUGUUAGGACAGAAACCACAAGGACCUAGAAACAACACGUGGCCAAAUCGUGACCAAACUGAUGGAGUGUUUGGGAUGUUGGGAGAAAUCCUGCCUUUUGACCCUGCAGUUGGCUCUGAUCCAGAAUUUGCCCGCUAUGUUGCUGGGGUCAACCAGGCUAUGCAACAAAAACGGCAAGCACAGCAUGUCCGUCGUCCGAGCAACACACGUAGCAACUGGCCUCUUCCUGAUGAUCCUCAUAAAACCUGGCCCUUUCCUGAGUAUUUCACAGAAGGUGAUGUGACAAGUAGCUGGUCUGGUACUCAAGGAGACUCUGCCAGCUCAAGUGAUGAGACCUCCUCAGCUAAUGGAGACAGUUUGUUCUCCAUGUUCUCAGGGCCAGACCUUGUUGCUGCUGUAAAGCAGAGAAGGAAACACAGUAGUGGUGAACAGGAACCUAGUACACUACCAUCACCACCUCUCCUUUCUGCAGCAGAAGACCGUAAUCAGGAUAACAAAACCAAAACCUGGCCUCCAAAGGCACCCUGGCAGCAUACGUCCUCUGUCACGAACACGCUACCCAGUCAGAGUACAUCUUUGUACCCUAUGAGCAGCCCCGUCAGCCAGUGGAGUGACACGAUGCAGAUCCUCCAGCCGCCCAUGUGGGCAGCAGCCAACGACUGUGCUCCAGCAGCAGGAAUUUCCUCUAACUUUGCCUACGCGCAGCAGCAGCAAUCACAACAGCAGGCUUCCCAGCACAAACAGAUGAAUAAGGGCUUUAAAUCUUUUCCAGUAAAGCACGAACGCAGACCAUCUUACCUGCAUCAGUACUAAUUGCUUUUCAUAUUGGAAAAUGCAGCACAGGGCCAAACAUAAAUUACAUACUUUGUUUCACAACUGUAUAUUGGCUAUAUCCUGUUUUUCUCAUUAAAUAUGGAACUGAGGGGGUUUGGGUGAGACAUACAAACUCUUGAAUUCUGAUUUACAGUGUUGAGCAAAUAUGGCCAAUAUGUUUGUUUGAUGUACAUGAAACAGCCCAAAACUGUGAUGUAGAAAUGCUUUUAAAAAUGUGUAUAUUGCCUUUACUUUCAAAACCUUUUUUUUAAAAGAACUGCUGAAGGACUACCAUAUAAGAAACACUGUAUUUUAUAGCUAUUUUUCAUAUAGAUUUAUAGUUAAACAUCUUAUUGAAACACAUUGAAUAUGUUGAAGCAAAUAUAUAGUGGUCCCUUUGCUCAACACUGUGUUUAAUUUUAUAAUGGACAAGCUGUAAAGCCUUUGUAUUCUCCAGUAAAUGGCCCGUGGGCAGCUUUUUUUAAAUGAAGUGCAACAGCAGCUUUUUGUGUGCCACACAAGUGAGUUCAUUGUGAGACUGUUGCAGAAGCAGUUGCAAAAUGGAGUUUUGUGGUAGUUUACUCUUAAGAUCAGCAGAACCACUCAGCCUUGUGUCACAAAUGUUAUCUGAGCUGCUUAAAGUAGAUGGCAUCUGUGUGGAUAAUACGGCACUGGUUUUCAAAUAAAUACAUCAUUUCUUACUGCUUCAUUUGGCCAAAGGCAUUAUCCACACAGUGCUCCUUAAAUGUGUGAAAGUAUAGCCUAAAAGACUACUUGCAUAUAUUUAAAGUCUUAUUUCAGAUGCUACAGUUGAUUAAAAAUUGUGAGCUGGCUCAGAAGAUACUAAACUGAAAUGUGGGGUAGCAGUUAGUUAAAAGAACAUUAUUUUUUUUAAAAGGAUAAAGUAAAUAUUUGCAGUCAAUGUGUGCCAUUGAGUGAACCUGUGGAAUUAGGAAUAAUCUUCCAACCAAAGUGGAUCCGGGAGAGUGACUGGUGCUUAAAAAUUGAAGAACAAUGGUAAAUAUAUGUAUAGCUAUCCCACUGUAUAUUAAUUGAGAUUACAGAAGAGUCUUUAUAUAGUUAGAGCUUAUUUAAAUUUUCAUAUUUCAUCUUUGAAAGAGUCUAAAAACCACAAUAUUUUCUGGUAUAAGAGUUUUGACAGUAUUAAUCUUAUUUUUGUAUUUUUCUUAAGUCAUAUCAUUCUAAUAUGUUAACUACUAGCAAAAUGGUUUAUUAGUUCUAACUACAUAAUUUUUCAAUGAAGAUGAAGCACAUUUGUUGUUUUUGUUUUUACAAACUAAGUACAUCUAUAUCUAAAGAUACCAAAAAAUAAAUACAUUAUAUAUAUAAAUAAAACGUAUACACAACACUAAAACUAUUAAACAUUUGGGUAUUUCAAACCCAUCCACCUUUUUUGUUUGUAUGGUGACGGGCUCUAUUUGCAGGCCCAGAUUGUUACCUUUUGUGCUGUUUGAGGAUGCCAAUGUUGCCUGUAUUUAUGAUAUUGUCACCAUGUUUUCUGAAACUUCAUACUUACCAUGUUUACAAAGAUUUGUUUGCUGUACAUAGACUUUUUACAGUAAUGUGCUUUGCACAAUCAGUGUGGCUUCUGUCUGUGAAUUGUUAAUGGUCUGUACUACUAUAGUUUUGAAAACCCUCUGCUGAAAAUGUUAGUGGUUAUUUAACUUGAUGAAUGGUUUUGAGUUUCCUAAAUCGUGUCAUUUAGAUCUAAUAUUAAAUCCUAAAUUUGGUUGUACUUACUGGUUAUUCAUACGAAGACCAAAAUGGAAGUUAAUGAGAACACUUAAUUUUGAACUUUUUCUAACAAGUGCCAAAAUUAUUGCUAUAGUUUUUGCAGUUUAUUCAUAACUACAAAUGCUGGCAAGUUUCUGGACCUACAUAAGUGAAUUGUGAAAACAAAGAAAGUUUGUCUGCAUUUUGACCACGUAGGGUGCUACUCUGUCCUUUGCUUCCGAUUGUUCUGAACACUGGUAAUUUUAAGAAUUGUUGCACUUGGCAAACGAGUCUUGCCAUUAAACUUCACUUACACUGCCAAGUGCAAGGGUUUGGUGCUUAGUUAACUUACCCUUAUUGCAGUGCUCCUUGUGAAUAGCUAAUGCUUCAGAACUGGAACUGUACAUUUUGUAUUUUAAAGCUUCUGUAAAAGUAAACUAUUUGCUUUAUUAAAGAUAUACAUUUAAUAGGUCAUACCUGUUUAAAAUAUGCACCUUGCUGAAAAUGAGCAGCACCUUAAACUGUAACUUCGGUUUGUAAACAAAGAUCUUAUUUCAUUAACAUGGGAUUAUUUAACAGUUUGAAAAA